AUGGCCUCUCUCGCUCGGAUGCGCACCGCUUUCCCCCGCCGUCUGCCAUUAGGCCAGUACGCGCGCCUGCUCCAGACCGCCGCGGACACGACACAGCUCACUCAGGACGCGUCGCACUCCCAGCCAUUCACGGUCAAGCUUCAUGAGGACUCCUUCCGCGGAGUCGAGGUCUCCAAAGACAACCUCCUCAAGUGGUACAAGCAGAUGACUGUCAUCCGUCGCAUGGAGCAGGCCGCCGACGCUCUCUACAAGCAGAAGCUCAUCCGUGGUUUCUGUCAUCUUGCUAUUGGUCAGGAAGCCAUCUCGGUCGGCAUUGACUCCGCGACGACGUUUGACGACAACAUCAUCUCCUCAUACCGCACACACCCCUUCGUCGUUCUCCGUGGCGGCACUAUCAAGAGCUUGAUUGGCGAGCUUCUUGGUCGUGUCUGCGGUGUCUCGAAGGGCAAGGGUGGCUCCAUGCACGUCUUCACCGAGGCCUUCCAGGGAGGUCACGGUAUCGUCGGCGCGCAGGUUCCGCUUGGUGCCGGUCUUGCGUUUGCGCAGAAGUACAAGGGCGCGAAGAACGCGACCUUCGCGAUGUACGGGGAUGGUGCCAGCAACCAGGGCAGGUGUUUGAGUCGUACAACAUGGUGCGCCAAGCUCUGGAACCUCCCUUGUAUCUUCGUUUGCGAGAACAACAAGUACGGUAUGGGCACCUCAGCAGAACGCAGCUCCUCGAACACCGAGUACUACAAGCGCGGUGAUCUCAUCCCUGGUAUCCAGGUGAAUGGCAUGGACAUCAUUGCCGUCCACCAGGCGUCGAAGUUUGCCAAGGAGUGGGUGAACGAUGACAAGGGUCCUCUCCUUGUCGAGUUCGUCACCUACCGUUACGGUGGUCACUCUAUGUCUGACCCUGGAACCACCUACCCGCAUUCGUUCACCCAGGAUCCCAUCCGCGGUCUUCAGCACUACAUCACUGAGUGGGGUCUUGCCUCUGAGGAUGACCUCAAGUUGAUCGACAAGCAGUCCAAGACCGAAGUCGACACCGCUGUCGAGGAGGCGAAGGCUUCUCCCUUCCCCGACGAAAAGGAGCUCUGGACCGACAUCUACUCUGCUGGUACUGAGCCCCCCAUGAUGCGCGGCCGUGAGCGCGAUGAGUACUUCGUGUACUAA